ACAAAAUGGAAGAUUUGCCGAAGUGUCUUGUCUCUAAUUGAGAUCAAACUGCUAGAAUGUUUGUGAAGAAGUUGAAACUGUACAACUGUUAUAAACAUUUCGACGAAACAUAUGAACAAGCCGAGGGGGAAAGACUCAUCUCUCCGAAACUUGUUGCAAAGAAGGUUGGAGUUAUCGAGCAAAUGCUCAGACUCUUCAAGUAUUUCACCCAAAAAGAAUGUCAGGAGAAGCCUGAUGAGAGAACACUAAAAUUUCAACAAGAGUUCACCCUCCAAGUGCAGAAACUCAGAGAUGAUACCAUUCACGCUUAUGAACAAGGGUCUUAUCUGGAUUUUGGGGAUCUAGCCCAGAAAGCUAGAAAUAUCCAAGCAGACAUGGAUGGUGAUGAGACUUUCUCGAGAUUUGCUUGCAACAUCAUGUGGAAAAUCAUGCAAGAGAAACUUGACGAAGAUUCAGAAAUCCCAGCAUGGUUUAGUGGGCUAGUGCCCAAACAGCAGAACAUUCUUCAGGAAGAACUUAAACAGAAUAAGCUCGCCAUCGAGGUUCUAGAUCAAAAGAACAAGAAGUUGCAACAACAGAAUGAAGAUUACAAAUGGAACCUUAGUGCAAAAAGUCUAGGUAUCAGUUCUUCACAAAGCCCGAGCACUGUGCCCACAAAUACUGUUAACAGUGGACAGUCCAAACCCAUAGAUGUCACCUCGGGUAACACAAUAAGACUCGAACUGACAAACCUCCGCGACAUGAACUUCCUGGCCUUUCUGGACCGCAGAAUACCUAUACUUAACAGAAUGGACCUGAAUAAAGUGCCUGCCAACAACCAGCAUGUGAAAGAUUUCCUGCAAAGAUACUUCCCUAUAGAGCUGAAAUUCUUCAACUUCAACUGUUCUUCGACUCUGUCUACAGGUCUGGACUAUUACGCGGAGGCAUUGACAGUAUCGAGUACCUGAGUCCGUGAGGUGUUCUCCAUCUACAACUUUGAAAUUUGUGAGUCCCAUUUAGUAAUGCUUGUAUGUGCCAACAAAAACAUGCAAAGGUUCGGGCUCCAGCAUUGCAAGUUUGGACUUCCAACCGUUCCUGACUUCGGAGGCAAGCUCAAAGGCAGCACUCUCAAAGUGCUGGAUUUGAAUGCUUGAGGAAGAAAGGGUUACAGCAACUGGGCCAACAACCAACUCAACUUCGAAAACUUGGUCGAAGGUCUUUCGAAGGAAGAGGACUUCAGAGCCAACUUGCAGAAGAUCUGGAUGAAACAGUGCGGAAUGCAGUUAAAGGUAAUCAAGAGAAUCAUGAGCAAGCACGGGUUUGCUCACUUAGAAAUUUGAGGCCACUCCAAGUAACCCAAAGCCAAAAUAUUUCAGAUGA